CCAAACUAGAGCUGGAAAAAACAUCGACGAUGUAUCGAUACAUCGAUGUUUUCCAAAACUCGGGAAACAUGAAGGUUUUCAACAGUGCUGCCAACUUUAGAUGAAGAAAACUUAAACAGUUUACAACAAUGUUUAAGGCGCCCAUCUCUAGACAACAACAACAACAACUCAAGUGAAAAGUCGGCAGAGAAAUGCAAACUGAAAUUAACUAAAUUUGAAGCGAAAAAACAAACAAAGCCAACAUCAGGCACACACACAGCAGAGGCAGACAAUAAGGAGAAGCGCCAGGACAACUGACAGAAAUAACUUAGCGUGCUGGCAACAUACAAAUGGCCAAUGGCAAUGGGAACAAUAUCAAUACGGACGAUGCUACUGCCGCGACUGCGACCACAACAACAACACAACAGCACCUGGCAGGCGAUAGCGCCGGAGCCUGCGGCGAUGCCAAGCACACAGCAAUAACAACAACAGCAACAGCAACGUCCAGGGGCAGCAGCGUCAAUGAUCUGGUAGCGGACUUAUGGCUGAAUGGGGGCAACAAUCGCGCUGGCGAUUACACAAAUAUACGCGCAACAUCAACACAAGCAGCGCCUGCAGCAGCAGCAGCAACAUCAUCGACAGCUACAGGCAGCAAUGCCAGCGCCGCUUCCUCAUCAACGUUUUCCUUCAAACACUUUCUCAACAGCAGCGGUACAGUGACGGCGCCCAGCAGCACAGUAACUUCGUUGGACGCUCCCUGUACCACCAGCAACAAUCCCAGUGGCAGUGUUGCAAGUACAACAUCGGCAACAGCAUCGCUGCAAACGUCAACGGGGGCCAGGCCCAAGGUACCGCAAUCCGCUUCCGUUAGCCACAUGCAGCCGGACGUAAACGGCAGCGCUGCUUCCAAAAUGAAGCGCUCACCACGCUUCAGCUCGUUCGACUCGCAGGCGAGUUUGGCCGAGUAUGCAGCUUGUGGCGGCCCUGGCAGCAGUGGUUCCACCAUGCGAUUACGUACGGAUUUGCGGCUGGAUGUGGAUCGGAGCGGUGUCGUGCUGGAUGAUGAUGACGAUGACCAUGUGGGUCUUGCCCACAUGCGCAACAGUCGCCUCUACGAUGAGCGCGCGGAUGAUGAUAUUUUCCCUUCGGCUGCUUCGAAUUUGCAAGAGGAGUCCAGCAAUUCGCGAUACGUGCCACGGUCCUACUCCAGCUAUGAUAUGCCACCGACACAUGCAGCAUCCUCUCCACGUCGGCGGCCCGCGAUGCGUCCAAAUCGAUUGGCUCUGACGUCAGCGAUGAAAAUGAAGCUUGAUCUGCCUCUGGACACGUCAAACGUGGCUGGGGCUGCCUCGGCACUGCCAGAUUUUGUGCAGGAUCACUUGCCAGAGUCGUGGUGUCAAGAGGCGCAUCUUAGCUCGCCGCCCAAUUCACCCCUAGGUGGCGCAGAGGCGCCAAAUUGUAGCGGUGCUGUGGGCGGCAAUGCAUUGAUAUUGCCCGCUGCUGAGCCGGUGGCGGGUUUGCCCAAUGCAGCUUGCUUACCGGCACCAGCAGAGGCUACAGGCUCGUCGGCCAUUAUGCUGCCCGACUUUUUGUCCGACGGACCCAUACUCCACUCAUCCCAGCGCAUGGCAGAUGUAGCGAUUGGGCUACCCUCAAAUUCCAUUGACUCGCCGCCGCAGGAAGACGAUGAAGGCUCCAUGCAGCUAUCCACGCUGCGCCAGGAGAACGAGCGCCUGCAGCGAGAGCUGCAAGACACGAGAAUGGAGUUAAGUGCACAAACGCGACGCGCGCAUGACUUUGAACAGCAACUGCUGCUGCUUACAGAUGCACGACGUCGCGACUCAUUAGCGGCGACGACACAGACACAGAAUGCGCAACGUCUGCGGCGGCAAGUGGCACAACUGGAGGCGGAGCUAUAUGCGCUGCGCGAUGGCAACGAACAGGGCACAUCUGGAGCAGCAGCUGCCGCUGCGAUGACGCCCGGCAGCAGUCACAGCAGCAGCAGCAAUGUAUCGCGUCCGUCCAGAACGCAGCAAUUGUCGCGAGAUUUGUUACGCGCCGCAGAGAAUGCCGAACAGAAUUUGAGACAACUCUUGGCGGGUGUGGAUAAUCUGCGACAGAUGGCCGCUAAUCUGGAGCAGCCUACAGCGCCCGUGAGUUCGCCACGGUCUCCCCAUGCUGAUCAGUACACCGAUUUUAAUUAGCUGCAAACAAUUUAGGCGUUGAUCAUGGCUUUUUAUUAGUAACUACUAUAUCUCUAUAUAUACAUAUACACAUAUAUCUGUACGAAUUGUGUGCUUGAGAAAUUUGUUUUCUAAUUUGUUGUUGGUGUCGUAUAAUUUUUAGCCGCCUAGACCUUGUUUUUAGCCACUCCGAAAUUCUCAUUUUACAUUGCGCUAUACUUAAGCGUACAUUAAUAAAAGGCAUAUUGGAAUAAUUUGUUGCAAGCGAAAUGUCGCGGAACGGAGAGCAUCAAAGCGCUAAAUCGUGAUGUUGUUUGAAUUAAAGCAAAUAUACAUACAUAC